CAAGAUAUCAGAGGUAGAAAGAUAACUUUCUGGAGGCAGGAUGGCAUGCUUAGAGAGGGCAUCCCCAGCUUUGAAGAGAAUCCUGCUCAAAUUGUACCGUGAAAACAAGUCCAUAGAGAUUGAUCAUCACUUGUAUGAAUUUGGGUCUGUGGAAUACCAUAUCCAGUCUUCAACAUCAGAUACACAUUAUACCAACUUGUCAGUAUCAACCCCGCUCCUUUCCCAAGGAGUCAUACUACCAAACGGGAUUUCGCAUUAUACUAAACAGAUGGUAAAGGGAAUUUGUCCGGAUGUUGUGGAGAUCAUAGAACCUGCAAAAGAAGGAUACCAGAUUACUUUGAGACUUGAUUUGUCUAAAAUUCCAAAUGGAAAAGAUUCUAUAAAGGUAAUUGCAGACAUUUCUGCUGUGCAAGCAGUAAUCUUAAGUUCUCAGCUGAAAGAAAUGUUGAUGAAUGUCAGCUCCCAAGAUACAUUUCAAGGAAUGUAUAAGACAAUCAAGCUUGUAUAUCACCCAAGAGAGCCUUUCUUUAUUGUUAGACAGCCACAGAAAAUCUUAGCAGUAUUCCCGAUACGUUUUAAAGACAAAACAGACGUCAUUAUUGCAACAGCCUUCUUUCAGGAACUUGUGGAUGUUGGAAGUUCUGAAAAAUGGGCCAAAGCACCCCCUUGUUGCUGGUCACCCAUUCCACCUCCAGAGUUAAGAGGAGAACCUUUUGAAGAUUUGAGUACCAACGGAGGAUUUGUCUCUUUUGAUAUUUCUUCACGCCAUGUCAGAGGUAAAAGACUAGACAAGACUGUAUGGAGUUUGUUGAAUUUCUAUGCCUAUGUUAAAUACCAUGUAAAGAGCACCAGAAGUUUUAUUCAGAGAAGGAUGAGAAAGCGUUUGCAGAGAUUAGUUGAGGUCCUGCAUAAGAGAAGCACGCAGGAAGAAGAAAAAGAAGAAGAAGAAGAGGGAAACCAUAAGGUUCAAGGAUGCAUGUUCAUGAGAAAAAUGAUCAAUGUUUCAAAACCUAAAGUCCUAAAACGAAGAUAUAAUGACUUCAGCGGGAAGUCAAGAGAAUCCGUUCGCGAAUUAAAAUCCAGGGAUUUGGGCGUUUUCGUCGACGAUGGUUGAAAAUGCCAAAGUUUUCUUCUUCAAUGAGAUAUACCAAAUUAGAUUAAGUUCUUUCCAUAUGAGGACAUAAGUUAGGAUAAAGAAUCAUUGUCCUAUACUGCUUCUUAUUCAGAAACAUACCAUGACAUUGUUUCAUCACAUUUAAAUAGCAACUGAGUGCUGU